AUGGGGAGAGAUCGGGGCCGAGGCGGGAGGGGGUGCGAUGGGAGAGUGAAGCGGGAGGGGAAGGAACGGGGUAACAGCAGGAGAAGGGGAGGGGACAGCCAGGAGGGAGGGGGGGCAGCGGAGAUAAUAAAGCCGGAGAGACAGGGAGAGAAGGACGAGCGGAAGCCGGGGAGAGCCGAGAGCGAUGAUCGGGGCGGGGGCAAUGAGCCGGGGCGGCGGUUCCCGGCAGUGCGCAGUGGUGCCCGGGCAGUGCGAUGGCUGCCCGGCAUUGCCGAUGGUCGCCCGGCGGCGGCCUGUGACAUGCAGCCUGUGAGCGGCGGCGCUCGCCAUGGCUGGACGCGGGAGACUGAGUCCACCUGGCUGACCAACACGGACUCCGAGAGCCCGCAGCAGGAGGGCGGCGGCGCCGAGCCCGGGCGGGAGCAGGGCGGGCCGCGCCCCGGUCUUCUGGAGGAUGGGAAGUUGGCUCAGACGGGUGUAACUACAGCAUCAGCCCCAUCUGGAACGCUGAACACUGAAAAGAGGAAUAACUGUGGUUCUCAGUGUGCCAACCCCAUGGUCCACAGCAUGGGAGCCACGACACAGAGGCAGAAUGGCUUCAGAACCACAGAGAGUAAAUGGAACCCACAGAAAAUGUCCACAAAAGAAGUUGCCAUUAAUGUUACAAAAAACAUCAGACAAAGUGACAGAAGGAAAACAAAGAAUUGUGCCAAUUAACAAAGAAAAUUGCAGGUGAGGAUGGAUUUAACAAUGCUUCACUACACUUUAAAUGUCAUCUGUCGCUGAAGAUGUGAAGAUCUCCAGAUGUUCCAGGUUGAAUACAGCAGGCAGCUGCUGUUGAGUGCCUUCAGAAGCAGGUCUUGUGGAAACCAGCUACAGACACUGUAGGAUCUUCAGACAUCAUUUAUCUAAAGCAGUGGCACUACACAGACAUACAACAAAAUUCGUGCCAUUUCUUUUUCACUAACUUCUGUGUUAUCCCUUGGGUAUGUCCUAUUCUGCAUUGCUAUUAAGAUCAGGCUGGAUAAUAAGAGGUACAGCUCAUCACAAUUAAAAUCAGGAAAUGAACAAAUGAAUCUGCAUUUUUAGUCAUAGAGAUUUUUGAGUGUGCACAUUCAAACCCAUGGAGUUCUUUUAAAGCACUCACUUUCAAAAAACUCAAACCCAGACUUCUCAGAAAGUGACACACAGUUGACUUCCACUAAAUCUGUUUUCAGCUAUAUAUAUUGGUUAUGUAUAGUCAAGUCAUACAGUAA